AUGAAACCACCCAGGUUCAACGGUGUGUUAGUUUCAGUGGCCAAGGGGGACGCUGCACGGGUUUUGGAAGACGAAAUAACGUCUUUACUGAGCAAACGAGCUAUCAGAGCUGUCACGGCCGAGGAGUCACAACAGGGUUUCUACUCCCGGUACUUCCUCAUUCCCAAGAAGGCAAGCACAGCCCUUCGCCCCAUCCUAGAUCUCCGUGUGCUAAACAAACACCUACGGAAAUACACAUUCAGGAUGUUGACACACAAAGUGCUCUGUCGCUCUAUCCGUCAGAGAGAUUGGUUUGUAACGAUCGAUCUCUCGGACGCGUAUUUUCACAUCGCCAUUCACCCUGCACACAGAAAAUAUCUCAGGUUCGCUUUCCAAGGCAAAACCUACGAGUAUCAAACUGUCCCGUUCGGGCUGUCGUUAGCUCCGAGGGUAUUCAGCAAGUGCGUGGAGGGGGCUCUGUCUCCAUUACGGAGCAAAGGCAUCAGAAUUUUUUCGUACAUAGACGAUUAUCUGAUAUGCGCUGGCUCGCACGAGCAGGCGGUCAUGGAUUCUGCUGUGGUGAUAAAUCAUCUCAGGGAUCUUGGGUUCAGUAUAAACUGGACGAAAAGUCAGAUAGAGCCCGUACAGUGUGCGGAGUAUCUGGAUGGGGAGAGUCGUGUCGUUUCGACUAUGCCUACGUCUGCUCGGCCUGAUGGCAUCAGUGAUAGCUGUGGUGCAUUUAGGUCUGUUGAUGAUGAGAGAUUUUCAGCGGUGGGUUGCAGCUUUGCGCCUGUGCCCGCGCCGUCACCUCAACCGCAGAGUGAAAGUGACUCAGACCUGUGUAAAGUCUCUCCGUCAGUGGAGGAACGCAGGGGCGUUCACCACGGGGGUCCCGCUGGGGACGGUGACGUCCAGGGUUACCAUGACGACGGACGCUUCCCUGUCAGGGUGGGGAGCAACGAUGUCAGGCAGAGCAGUGAAUGGCUCCUGGGGUCCAGAAAUGGCCCAGAUUCACAUAAAUGUUUUGGAGCUCUGGGCAGUGUUUCUAGCGCUGAAACAUUUCCUGCAAUUUCUCCGAGGCCGUCAUGUUCUGGUGAAAACAGACAACUCCACUGUGGUAGCCUAUGUCAACCGUCAGGGAGGCACUCGCUCACUACGGUUACACAAGUUGGCUCGGGAGAUGAUACUGUGGAGCAGCACCAGGCUCCUAUCACUCAGGGCAACACAUGUGCCGGGAGUUCUGAACAGAGGGGCGGACUUGAUGUCUCGUGGGAAUCCUCUGUACGGAGAAUGGUCUCUGCACCCGCAGGUUGUGGACCAGAUUUGGAAGAGAUACGGCCGAGCCGCCGUAGAUCUCUUCGCCUCGCAGGAAAACGCCCGCUGUCCGCUGUUUUUCUCCCUGUCGGACAUCACUGCACCUCUCGGUGUGGAUGCUCUGGCUCACCCGUGGCCAAACGUGCUGCUCUACGCAUUCCCUCCCCUCAGUCUGAUUUCCCCCACCCUGGCCAGGGUGAGGGAGCAGAAUCUGUCUCUCAUACUGGUGGCGCCAAGAUGGCCGUCCAAACACUGGGUGGCGGAAAUAGUUCAGAUGUUGGCGGGCGACCCCUGGCCUCUGCCCAUACGCAGAGACCUCCUGUCCCAGGCACACGGGGAGAUUUACCACCCCCACCCAGACCGCGUGGCGCUCUGGGCCUGGCCCGUGAGAGGUUUAAUUUGGACGCAGCAGGACUGCCUCCGCAGGUUAUAGACACCAUUCAGAGUGCAAGGGCUUCCUCCACCCGUGCUUUGUACGGCUGUAAAUGGCGGGUUUUCGAGGAAUGGUGUGAGUCUAGACUCGCGGUCCCUUUUCAGUGUUCAGUUGUGGACCUGUUGUGUUUUCUACAGGAGCUGGUGGAUAAAGGAAGAGCUUUUUCCACAGUUAAAGUGUACCUCGCUGCCAUCUCAGCAUGUCACGUGGGUUUUGGUGAUAAACCGGUGGGACAGCACCCCCUGGUUUGUCGCUUUAUGAAAGGUGCACGUCGAAAGCUCCCAGUUUCUAGGCACCUGGUUCCACUGUGGGACCUUCUGGUGGUGCUGGAUGCCCUUUCUCGGCAUCCCUUUGAGCCUUUGGAGGCUGUGGGGAUGAAGUUUGUGUCUCUGAAAACGGUGCUGCUUUUGGCUUUGUCUACGGCGAAGCGCGUGAGCGACCUUCAGGCGUUGUCUAUCCGCCCUUCCUGUCUACAGUUCGGUCCGGGACUCUCCAAGGUUUGCUUGCGGCCCAAUCCGGCGUUUGUGCCUAAGGUGGUGGAGUCGGCUUACAGGUGUCCCACAGUAGAGUUGCUGGCUUUUCACCCGCCUCCAUUCUCCUCGACGGAGGAGCAGAGGCUUAACACUUUGUGUCCGGUGAGGGCUCUGCAGUCCUACGUGAGUAGGACGGCAGAUUUCAGGCGUACUGACCAGCUGUUUGUUUCCUGGUCCACUACCCAUAAGGGCAAGCCAUUGUCCCGCCAGAGGCUGUCUCACUGGAUUGUGGAGGCCAUUUCUGUGGCGUACAGUUGCAAAGGUUUGCUGCCGCCCCAGGGUUUGCGUGCUCAUUCCACCAGGAGUAUAGCUGCUUCCUGGGCUCUGUUUAGAGGGGUGUCUGUUCAGGAUAUUUGUGCUGCGGCAAGCUGGGCUACGCCUCACACCUUUGUCAAGUUUUACAGGCUAGAUGUCUCUGGUCCUUCUUUGGCCCAGGUGGUGCUCGGUGCCGGUGCUCCGGGGUUGGAGUGA